UAUGAACCCGCAUAAAGGGGUGUAGGGGAAUAUAAUUCUAAGAAUUUGUGUACCCCCACUCUGUCAGCGCAGGCGACAGUCGUGAGUUGAACUUCCCCUACUUUUUAAGCGUGUGAGUGUGUACGUGAUUGUUUCCAGUAUCUCGUUAUGAGUCCGUUUGACUUGAGUGUUAUGUUUCUUAUAGUAAUACAGCUAUACAGUGUCUUGCUUAUAAACAAAUAAUAGGACUAAUAUGAUAAAUAAACUCUUAAUUUCUUUUCAUGAAUAUACGGUCUCAUAUCGAGACUCUGAAAUUAAUUUUUUUUUCACGUUGUGGAGGGGGAAGGUCUUCCGUGGAAAUCCUGGUUCACGGACUCAUAACGAGCGGACUCAUAACGAGACUCAACUGUAUUUUAAAAUAUUAAUUAAAUAACACUGUUAAGCAGCAAACUAUACGUUCAAGCACACGCACGUACGAGACUAUACGUAAAGCGUUCUACACUUUCGUAUUAUUUCUCGACUCGACUCGGAUCAACUUCCAAUUCAAUUCAAUAAUAUCUAUUUCAAUGUUGAUCUAAACAACAAAAUUUUAUUGUUAAUAGCCUACACUCGCUCUUUAAAAAUAUUAUUUAGGUCAUGAUUGGUGACAAUGUCGAAGAUAAGACUAUUAAAAAAAAAUUUUUUUUUCUGUUUUAUUAUUGAAGUAUUUAGUAUUACAAUGAUAUUAUUAAGUUAAAUUAAAUUAAACCUCCUGUUAAUUAGAUUUUGAUAAAAUCAUCAUUAUUGUCCGAAUCUAAAGUAUCUGACAUUGCAAGUAAACUAAUACAAAAAAUUAUUAAGUGAUAUAAUUUCAUGAAGUAAAUUUAACAAAAUGAAAGGACGUUUGUUUGUGAUAAGUAAAAUUAUUAUUAUUAUUUUACGUUUCCCUUAUUCAAUCAGUGGCAACAAAUAUAAUGAUAAUUAUCAAUGUGCUACAUAUGGAGAACAUUGUGAUCCUUAUCAACAUAAUUCAUGCUGUGGCGAAAGUGUUAUUUGCAAACGGAGAUCAAGCAAUUUUACAUGCCGAGAAAAGGGUGACGUACAAAAUGUGGUAUUGGGAUCUACUUGUGAGGAUAAUGCAGAUUGUUUAACUAUAAAAUUUUCUGAAUGUUCAGAGAGUAAAAUUUGUACAUGUGUGUUAAAUACAAUUUCAAUGAGUGGUACUGAAUGUACACCACUUUUACAUGUAUAUUGUAAGGAUAAUUCACAAUGCAGAGUCAAUAAUUCAGCUUGUAUUUAUAAUAAAUGUCAAUGUAUUUCUAAUUACGUAAAUCAUCGUUAUGGCGAAUGCCAACCAGUUUCAUUGGGAAAUGUUUGUGCUUCAAAUUCCGAUUGUCAAAUUUUACAAAAUUCAAAAUGCUCAGAAAGUAAUAAAUGCGUUUGUAAUGAUGAUAAUAUUAUAAUUAACUCUGUGUGUGUGCCAAUUUUAAAUGGAUUUUGUUCAAAUGAUGAGCACUGUCAAUCAUAUGGAUUUCAUUGUGUCGAUAAUAAAUGUCAAUGCAAACCUAAUUUUACGUUAUUAUCCACAAGUCAAUGCGUAGAAACACAUUUGCUGUUUUCUUGUAACAAUAAUUUAGAUUGUGGUGAACCUUGGCAUACAAAAUGUUCAGAAGAUAAAAAAUGUGUUUGUGCAUCUAAUAAUAUUGCAAUGAAUAGAUCAACAUGCUAUCCGACUUUAAGAGGACGAUGUUGGAAUAAUCAUCAAUGUGUAGCUAACAAUUCUAUAUGUGUUGAUUUUCAGUGCAAGUGUCAAGCUAAUUUUUUUGCUAUUUCUAAUAAUUUAUGUGUAUCUGAUUAUUAAAAGAUAUAUUAAAAUGAUUGAAAUUUAGUAAUCAA